AUGACUAACAGGGAAAUCUCCCUAGUAGGCCUUUGGGAGAGGGCAAAGUGGGAGGAAGAGAUUGGUUGGAAUGAGUUACAGGGAUUCUUGAUAACUAGGGACUUAUUUUGCAAAACGAUAUGCUAUAUCGAAAAAAAAAUAACACAAAAUCCUGUUUGUCAACAGAUGCACGCUGGCCUCGUCAGUGUGAGCGAUGGGAAGUCGAAGCCACAGCCAAUGAAGUUGAUUCUGACGACGGAUUCGUUAGUCCUUCAGAAAGAACAGCUUGUCAUCAGCACCAAAAACUUGGAUCAAAAUGGCCCUGACUCUAGGAUACGAAGGGUGAAGGUGAUCCGACAGCGCGCCUCGGGUCUCGGCCUCAGCAUCAAGGGCGGCUCGGAGCACAAGCUUCCCAUUCUCAUCUCCCGCAUCUUCAAGGACCAGGCAGCCGACCUCACCGGAAAGCUCUUCGUGGGCGACGCCAUUCUGAAAGUGAACAACCAGUCCUUGCUGCGGUGUACCCACGACGAGGCCGUGGCGGAGCUGCGGCAGGCGGGCGACGAGGUCAUCCUGACGGUGCGGCACUACAAAGCGGCCACGCCCUUCCUCAACAAGGGAGACGACAACAGUUCGACCACAGAGAGCACGACCUCCCAGCUCCGGCCCGAGGACGGCUGGCGGUCACCCUCCAACCCCACCACUCCAACCACGCCGUCAACCACGGCCACGUCGCCCACGUCAACCAAAAUGAACAACCACAAAGUCUCGAAAAUGCCCGACGUCGGACUCCCUAGUGUCCAACAACACCACCGACUCCUCAACCAAGAGCAUCACCUCAACCACAAACAACCUCAACAAAAUCAACAGCAGCCGGAGUACCUCUUGCCCCUCAUGAUGGCAUACAUCACGCGGUACAUCUUCGGCACCGACAAGCUCCGGCCCCAGGCAUUCGAGGUGAGGGGCAUUAACGGCAUCAGCACGGGCGUGGUUCACUGCGAGGAUGCCGCGAUGCUGUCACAGUGGAUCAAGCACAUCACCAACAACAUCAUCGGACUCACGAACCUGCAGAUGAAGCUGUACAACUCGAGCUUCCCGGCAUCCGAACACGUGCUGUACAUGGGGUGGGUGUGCGAGGGGGUACUCAACCAGAAUCUUCCGUGGCAGAAUUGGAAGCCCAAGUUCAUCGCUUUGAAGGGCACCGAUAUUUAUAUGUUCGACACACCACCGCUUAACACCCACGACUGGCUGGAACGGGCGUCAGUGUGGGCGGUGCACCAGACGAUGUUCCGCGUGAUCAAGGAGUCUGAGUACGUCGACGAGCGCCAGCACUGCUUCCUCCUGCAGACGGCCAUGCAGGAGUCGCGUUACCUCAGUGUGGAGACGCGCCAGGAGCUGCUGCGGAUCGAGAACGCCUGGCACCGCGCAGUCUACAACGCCGUCACGAGACUAGGGAGCAAGACCUUCGCCGUGACCCAGGGCGGGAGAUCGUCCGGCCUGACCCUGGACUGGUCGGGCGGCUUCGCUCUCUACGACACGGAGACGCGGGACUACCAAUGGCGCUACAAAUUCUCUCAGCUCAAGGGCUCCUCCGAUGACAGCAAGACGAAGCUCAAACUACACUUCCAGAACGAAAACAAGGAAAUUGAGACAAAGGAGCUGGAGUGCGCGACCAAUCUCCAGAACCUUCUUUUCUGCAUGCACGCCUUCCUGACAGCUAAAGUGGCUGCUGUCGACCCAUCUUUCCUGAGGGCGCCUCCGAAGACACCGACGUAGUCAUGCCCGCGCCCUUCCGGCCAGCAGAGCUGAACUUAAAGCCACGCUGGACCAACAUCUCCUGAAAUCUGUCGUGUUCAGUAAAAUAGAUCUUAUAUUUAAACCUGGAAAGCCAAUCACGUUUUGCCACGUCAUAGCCACGCAUCGUUGUCUCAACCAAUAGCUACCAAUUUAAGUCCCAAAGAGCCAAUCACAUCCCACCACGUUUCACCACGUCAAAACUGUAACCCUGACUGUUUAGCCAAUAGCAACCGUACUUCCAGUUUACCUGUACCAAUAGUAAUUUGUCGACGCUAGUCUUUAGAUGUCUUUGCAUAGGAUCUUAUGGCCUUAUUCUGAGAUUUGCCUCAAGAACUCCUGCUUUCUUGAGCUCAACCUUUUAUGUGAUAAUGGCAAUUGAUGUUUUAAACUCUUCGAUUUUUCGUGAGACACAGUCAUCGUAUAUAUAAAAAAAACAAUAAUGAUAACGAAAGAAAAACGUGGGAAAGAAUAUUUUUGAUUGCAUUUAGGGAUGACGUGAUUGUCGUGUUACACAUACGCAGGAGGUCACACUACUUAUUGAUCUCAAUAAUGCGGUACUAGUCACCUGCACUAGUAUCCAAGCUAGUAGUAUAACUAACCUUAAGACUGUUAGCCAUGAGCAUUAGCAUGGCACGAAGAGACAUAGUCAAGGUAAAAUAGAUGGGUUUAGUUUCAAAACAAAACCGUGGGUGGUGAUGCCCUACACUUGGCGAAUGUAGGUCUCUGCUCACAAGGUUGGUAUAGUAUAGUUUCCGGAUAAUUAUUUUAUUGUUUAUUAUUGUUCACCUAAUCCAGGCCUGAAUAGUUAGCCACGUUGUUCAGUUCGUUUCUUUGACUCUCAAGGGAAUGCGAAUGAAAAAUAUAUAUAAUAAUAAUAAUAACGUACAGAAUGUAACUGCACAAAAAAAAGAAAAAAAAACAUCUCUUCGGUGUUUCAUCAAAUACACUUUUCUGUAAGUUACGUAAUGAUCACUUACACAUCAAGGUGUAUUUGUGUGUACUGUAUAUACAUAUAUAUCUUAAAAUAACGUAUGUUUUCAGCAUAACUAGUACUGAGGCCAGUCCUGGAAUAUGGCCAUGUACAUUUGGAGAAAAAAAUAAAUAAAACAUUAUUGUGACGUUCAAACUUGUUAAUAGCUUUAAAAGGUUGUACAUAUUAAUGAUGUUGAUGAGAUAGUAUCAUGAGUGAGUAAUAUUUGUGAAUAAGCACUACGUAGCCAAUCUGUGUGUGUGUUUAGCUUUGCCCAUCGUGGAAGCCCGCAUAUGACGGACGCUAAGAUUUAAAAAAUAAAAUAAAUGAUGAUAAUAAUGUACCCGAUAUUCAUAUAGGUGUAACAGCUGUUGCACCGGGGACAGUCAGUCAAUAUAUGCAGUUAUAUUAUCCUCCAUUUAUAAUGACCAUAUAGUGAAUACCGCUAGUCAUAAACUCACUUUUAAAACUCGGAUAUAUACAUGAAAUAUAUAUUGUUUGUAUAAAUAUUGUUUUUUUGGGUCUCUCGUAUCCAUAAGCUCCAAAAAGAGAAUCGUUUCUAUAAUGAAUUUUUUUUUUAAAUGCGUUUCGGUCAACAUCUGUUCUCUAAUUCUUCAAGAGUUAUUUUCCUCCGCUACACAUCACCUUCCCACCGGCACUCGAGGCACGCGGACGGGCGUGGGGGUUGGGGACAGCCAGUGGGCGUGGAGGCUCCGUCUUGUGGCACGGGCGUGGUCGGGCAGCGCUGACGCCCACGGCCUCCAGCGCCCGCCUGGUGUGGGGCUGGAGGCGUGGGAGCAGCCGCGACAUAGCUCUCGCCGUUUCCCUUACGUCGCCUGGAGUGGCGUUCGGCGCUACGGGGAGGAGGGCGCGACCACGGAACAGCUGCGUGCAAUUGCGUGCUUUGUAAUGCUUGCGGCUGCGUGAUCCUGGCACGGAAGGGGGAUUUGGGGGGGAUUUCUGCGGAUGGCACAAGACAAAGGAUUCUUUCUCUCUCUCUCUCUCUCUCUCUCUUUUAGUAUUCUUGUCUUUAUUGCUUGUUCCUGGUGUGUACAUUUUUGUCUGUCACUUUUCCUUCCUUACACAUUUCUUUUUUAUUUAUUACCCUUCCUCUUCCUCUCAAUAUCAUUAUCGUUAUCAAAAUUAUUGUUAUUAUUAUCACUGCUUCACCAUUAUCAUUAUUAUUAUUAUCAUUAUCCUUAUUGUUAUUAUUAUUAUUCCUUUAAUCUUGACGACUCCUAUUUUUCUCUUAAUUUUCGACCUCUCCUGUAUUCCGUAUCUCCAUAAUUAGAUAUUUUGACUCUUCGUCCUUUGCACAUUAUGCCACUAUUUUUAGCGCCCAAGAAAUUUCGCUAAAACUCUAAAUAAAUUGUUUCCAAUGCAUUAAAGUUUAAAUACAUCCCACUUUUUCUUUUUUUCUUUCCCAUUUUAUGAAAGUCUUUUAUUCUCUAACAUUUUCUCUCUCUUUCGCUUCUUUUUUCAUCUUUUUGGUUCUUUCUCCCUCUUUUUUCAAACCUAAAACUUUUCUUAUUUUCGUUCUCUAAAACUCAACACUAUUUCAACCGCGAAUCAUCGAAAUCAAAAUGGCGGCGUUCCUCAUAAACAAAAGCGAAUCGCGGAGAGAAAAUGUGUCUGAGCCAAAAUUUACGCGCUCAUCUCUAAACUCUCCGCUAAUUAGAAUUUUGCGAGUGAUUACGUAACUGACUUUCGCAAAAAAAAAAA